AUGAAACUAGACAAUAGUCUAUCAGAUAAGAUGAAACUAGCAGACAUAUUAGCCUAUCAGAUAAUGAAACUAGCAGACAUAUUAGCCUAUCAGAUAAUGAAACUAGCAGACAUAUUAGCCUAUCAGAUAAUGAAACUAGCAGACAGAUUAGUCUAUCAGAUAAUGAAGAAAACUAGCAGACAAUUAGCCUAUCAGAUAAUGAAACUAGCAGACAUAUUAGCCUAUCAGAUAAUGAAACUAGCAGACAGAUUAGUCUAUCAGAUAAUGAAACUAGCAGACAUAUUAGCCUAUCAGAUAAUGAAACUAGCAGACAUAUUAGCCUAUCAGAUAAUGAAACUAGCAGACAUAUCAGAUAAUGAACUAGCAGACAUAUUAGCCUAUCAGAUAAUGAAACUAGCAGACAUAUUAGCCUAUCAGAUAAUGAAACUAGCAGACAUAUUAGCCUAUCAGAUAAUGAAACUAGCAGACAUAUUAGCCUAUCAGAUAAUGAAACUAGCAGACAUAUUAGCCUAUCAGAUAACAUUACUUAUAUAAUUUCUGAUCCUUUUCUCUUGUUUUUACUAUCCUCUGGCUGGAGGACCUUGUGGAAAACCAAAAAAUAUAUAUACAUUUAGUGUACAAAACAUUAGGAAAACCUUCCUAAUAUUGAGUUGCACCCCCUUUUGCCCUCAGAACAGCUUCAAUUCGUCGGGGACAUGGACUCUACAAGGUGUUGAAUGUGUUCCACAGGGAUUCUGGCCCAUGUUGACUCCAAUGCUUUAUUUGUAUCCCUGGUUGACAGCCCUGGUUGACAGCCCUGGUUGACAGCACUGGUUGACAGCACUGGUUGAAAGCUACACCUGCAAUAACAUCUGCUAAAUAUGUGUAUGCAACCAAUACAAUUGGAUUUUAUUAGAUUUUUGGUUGACAGCCCUGGUUGACAGCCCUAGUUGACAGCCCUGGUUGACAGCCCUAGUUGACAGCACUGGUUGACAGCUCUGGUUUACAGCACUGGUUGACAACACUGGUUGACAGCACCGGUUGAGCUUCAAAGACAGAGUCAAUUCAAGACGUGUUGUAGCACAGCACACUAUAACAGACUUUUAUUGGAUUGAAUGCCGGCCCUCAUCUGUUCAAGACAAUGCACAUUCACUGAUCCUGUGCUAAUGGAUUUCUGCUCUGCACUGAUCUCUACAGUCAGUGGAUGAGGAUGCUGGGAAGAUACGUGAUCAUUGAUCAGAUGCAGUGUGAUUUUAAUGGUCCGCCCACCACAUCUUCCUUUAAAGAACAUUUAGACCAUGGAGUAACUGGAAGAAGCCUGCUUUAGGUCAACUGGCUGCAGGGAAGGUCUGCUACCAAGAGGGCCCUCCACUUGAACUCUCCUGCUCAAAACGUGUGGGCUGCAUUGAAGUGGAGCGCUGGAGCGUGAGUUUGGCAGACUCGACGACCCCAGGGUCAACUCCCCCUUCUCUUUCCAUGCUCAUCAGUCAGUAACGUGGAAAAAAUCAGUUAUGAAACUAGGAGACAGAUUAGUCUAUCAGAUAAUGAAACUAAAACUAGCAGACAGAUUAGCCUAUCAGAUAAUGAAACUAGCAGACAGAUUAGCCUAUCAGAUAAUGAAACUAGCAGACAGAUUAGUCUAUCAGAUAAUGAAACUAAAACUAGCAGACAGAUUAGUCUAUCAGAUAAUGAAACUAAAACUAGCAGACAGAUUAGUCUAUCAGAUAAUGAAACUAGCAGACAGAUUAGUCUAUCAGAUUAUGAAACUAGCAGACAGAUUAGUCUAUCAGAUAAUGAAACUAGCAGACAGAUUAGUCUAUCAGAUAAUGAAACUAGCAGACAGAUUAGUCUAUCAGAUAAUGAAACUAGCAGACAGAUUAGUCUAUAGCAGACAGAUUAGUCUAUCAGAUAAUGAAACUAAAACUAGCAGACAGAUUAGUCUAUCAGAUAAUGAAACUAAAACUAGCAGACAGAUUAGUCUAUCAUAUAAUGAAACUAGCAGACAGAUUAGUCUAUCAGAUAAUGAAACUAGCAGACAGAUUAGUCUAUCAGAUAAUGAAACUAAAACUAGCAGACAGAUUAGUCUAUCAGAUAAUGAAACUAAAACUAGCAGACAGAUUAGUCUAUCAGAUAAUGAAACUAUCAGACAGAUUAGUCUAUCAGAUAAUGAAACUAGCAGACAUAUUAGCCUAUCAGAUAAUGAAACUAGCAGACAUAUUAGCCUAUCAGAUAAUGAAACUAGCAGACAUAUUAGCCUAUCAGAUAAUGAAACUAGCAGACAGAUUAGUCUAUCAGAUAAUGAAGCUAAAACUAGCAGACAGAUUAGCCUAUCAGAUAAUGAAACUAGCAGACAUAUUAGCCAAUCAGAUAAUGAAACUAGCAGACAGAUUAGUCUAUCAGAUAAUGAAACUAGCAGACAUAUUAGCCUAUCAGAUAAUGAAACUAGCAGACAUAUUAGCCUAUCAGAUAAUGAAACUAGCAGACAUAUUAGCCUAUCAGAUAAUGAAACUAGCAGACAUAUUAGCCUAUCAGAUAAUGAAACUAGCAGACAUAUUAGCCUAUCAGAUAAUGAAACUAGCAGACAUAUUAGCCUAUCAGAUAAUGAAACUAGCAGACAUAUUAGCCUAUCAGAUAAUGAAACUAGCAGACAUAUUAGCCUAUCAGAUAACAUUACUUAUAUAAUUUCUGAUCCUUUUCUCUUGUUUUUACUAUCCUCUGGCUGGAGGACCUUGUGGAAAACCAAAAAAUAUAUAUACAUUUAGUGUACAAAACAUUAGGAAAACCUUCCUAAUAUUGAGUUGCACCCCCUUUUGCCCUCAGAACAGCUUCAAUUCGUCGGGGACAUGGACUCUACAAGGUGUUGAAUGUGUUCCACAGGGAUUCUGGCCCAUGUUGACUCCAAUGCUUUAUUUGUAUCCCUGGUUGACAGCCCUGGUUGACAGCCCUGGUUGACAGCACUGGUUGACAGCACUGGUUGAAAGCUACACCUGCAAUAACAUCUGCUAAAUAUGUGUAUGCAACCAAUACAAUUGGAUUUUAUUAGAUUUUUGGUUGACAGCCCUGGUUGACAGCCCUAGUUGACAGCCCUGGUUGACAGCCCUAGUUGACAGCACUGGUUGACAGCUCUGGUUUACAGCACUGGUUGACAACACUGGUUGACAGCACCGGUUGAGCUUCAAAGACAGAGUCAAUUCAAGACGUGUUGUAGCACAGCACACUAUAACAGACUUUUAUUGGAUUGAAUGCCGGCCCUCAUCUGUUCAAGACAAUGCACAUUCACUGAUCCUGUGCUAAUGGAUUUCUGCUCUGCACUGAUCUCUACAGUCAGUGGAUGAGGAUGCUGGGAAGAUACGUGAUCAUUGAUCAGAUGCAGUGUGAUUUUAAUGGUCCGCCCACCACAUCUUCCUUUAAAGAACAUUUAGACCAUGGAGUAACUGGAAGAAGCCUGCUUUAGGUCAACUGGCUGCAGGGAAGGUCUGCUACCAAGAGGGCCCUCCACUUGAACUCUCCUGCUCAAAACGUGUGGGCUGCAUUGAAGUGGAGCGCUGGAGCGUGAGUUUGGCAGACUCGACGACCCCAGGAUCAACUCCCCUUCUCUUUCCAUGCUCAUCAGUCAGUAACGUGGAAAAAAUCAGUUAUGAAACUAGCAGACAGAUUAGUCUAUCAGAUAAUGAAACUAAAACUAGCAGACAGAUUAGUCUAUCAGAUAAUGAAACUAGCAGACAGAUUAGUCUAUCAGAUAAUGAAACUAGCAGACAUAUUAGCCUAUCAGAUAAUGAAACUAGCAGACAUAUUAGCCUAUCAGAUAAUGAAACUAGCAGACAUAUUAGCCUAUCAGAUAAUGAAACUAGCAGACAUAUUAGCCUAUCAGAUAAUGAAACUAGCAGACAUAUUAGCCUAUCAGAUAAUAAAACUAGCAGACAUAUUAGCCUAUCAGAUAAUGAAACUAGCAGACAUAUUAGCCUAUCAGAUAAUGAAACUAGCAGACAUAUUAGCCUAUCAGAUAAUGAAACUAGCAGACAUAUUAGCCUAUCAGAUAAUGAAACUAGCAGACAUAUUACAUAAUUUCUGA